AUGUCUCUCCAGUGUCCAUCCUGUGGCAAAGAUGGAUUCAAGACUGACACCGCUGUUGCCCGUCAUAUGAGCCAACCUCAUUCUGGAUGCAAUAGUUGGCUGGAUGAGUUGAUUCGGCUGAGAUCUCACUUACCACCCGGGCCCUUGAAAGAUGACCCUAUGGAGUCGAACGAAGAGGAAGAUGAUGUCCAUUUUGGAGACACUUACGACGGUGGUUGGGAUGAGAUUCCUGUUGAAGAAGAAACACCUGCUGAGGUCACCGACUACUUUCCAGGCGCUGCAAAGACGUACGGCAUGGGCUAUACAUUCCUGAGCCUGUUCAACACCGACGAAAAUAGUGUCUACCGCAAAAUGAACUUGUACUAUCUGUUCAGCUGUAAGCAAGACUGGGAGACUGCAUCAUGGUUACUGCGUUCUGGUUUGAGUAUGGGGAAGAUAGAUUCCUUCUUAUCGCUCGAGAUGAUUAGGGACCUUCCUUUCGGCCCACGUUGGAUGUCACGAGUUCUUGAUACAUCGCAUCCAACGAAAUCACCCGUUAUUCUGUACUGGCGUGAUCCACUCGAGUGUAUAUCUGCCAUUCUCAACCAUCCUCUCUUUCACAAUCAAUUGGACUUCACACCUCGCAAGGUUUAUUCUACGGUGCAAAAGCUCUGUCGUGUGUAUACCGAAUGGAUGACAGGUGAUGAUGCAUGGAACAUGCAGUCACUGCUCCCCCAAGGUGCUACAUUGCUCGGGACAAUACUAUCUUCAGACAAGACGAAUAUCUCAGUUCUGACGGGCGAUCGCGUUGCACACCCACUCCUUGUCAGCCUUGCAAAUAUCCGCAUGAACACCCGACUUAAAUCAUCAUCCAACUCUUUCAUGCUCACUGUUACGACUUGGAUAGUUCUGAAGUUCCUUCAUAAGAAUAAGCGCCUGCGUGGCGUAUUGGCGGAUCGCCUCAUUCAUCAAUGCCUAGAUAUUGUCUUAAAACCGCUUAAGGAGGCCGCUCUACAUGGCAUGAUGCUCUCGGAUCCCGUCGGACAGAGCUGCUAUUGUUUCACUCCACUUGCAAGUUAUAUCGUCGAUACUCCCAAAGCCAUGAUGUUAGCCUGUGUCGGUGGAAAGACCUCUCCGGUCACCAUGGCCAUGUACAAACAAUUUGGAGAUUCCUUUCGCCAUGAACCUUGCACGGCAUCAACCACUCUUGCACAAAUAUCUGUUGUUCGCACACGAGCCGAUCCAUCAGAUCUACAGGCCUUCUUUCAUGAAGUGCAAAAAUUUCGCUUGAACGGUGUCUUUGAGCCAUUUUGGCAGGACUGGGUGCUUACAGAUCCCUCCCACUUCUUCACACCUGAGACACUCCAUGUCCUUCAUAAGGAAUUUUGGGAUCACGACGCAAAAUGGCUAAUCUUUGCUGUUGGGGAGUUGGAGAUAGAUUUCUGUUUUUCUGUUUUGCAACCUGUCACUGGCUUUCGGCGUUUCGCAGAAGGGAUCUCAAAACUCAAACAGGUGACUGGUCGCUUUAGUGCAGAUGCAGCACCCCAUGGAGUUCUCGUUGCCGUACGCGCCCUCAUGGAUUUCCGCUAUCUCGUACAGUCACAAUCCAUCGACGAGAAUGACUUAGUGCGCAUCUCAGCAGUGUUGAAUGAGUUUCACGCCAGCAAAGAUGCAAUCAUUGAUGCCGGGAGUGUCGUACCUAGCAUUAGGAACUCUGGAGUCACGGCUCAGUGGUCUGCAGAUGCUACCGAGCACGCGCAUAUCACCGAGAUCAAGGUCCCGGCAAGAUCAAGUAAUAACAACAACUACAAUCCUCAAAUAUGUCGACAUCUCGACCGACUUGAUAAAUGUCUUCGGUUUGAGCUCACCACCAUCCUUCUAGAUGAGAAACAGAAUAUCAAGGCAUUAGCUGAUGCAGCAAGGAGUUAUAUGGAUGACGAGGACGCUGACGACAUUGAGGUGGACGACAAUGUACCUGUUGAGUUCUUAUCUACAAUUCAACAUGAUCGUUCACGUCCAAUCACGAAUUAUUUCGCAAUCGCCCACGUACUGCAGCACAAACCUGUGGGCUCCGUACCUCUACCAUUAUGUUCCUUUGUCAUUGGGCGCAUUGCCUUUCAUUUAGGCUAUGAUCCUUCCAUCCGAAACAUCAGUGUUGAUGAUGUCGCCCUCAAAUUUAACCUGCCAGAUUUGCGACCAGCACUAUCCGAUUUUCUGCAUCAUGAGGCCAGUUCCGAACGUGACCACAUUCAUGCAAUAGGCGGCCCUAGGAGAGCUGGACCUAACGCUGUGCUUCCUUUCGAGAAAGUUCAAGUAUGGUUCAAACUUCGCUUGCAAGACACGGAGUUCCACGAUGUUCACAAUAUUCGACCAGCUCAGACUAUCAAUUGCGCACCAUCAAGUGAACCUUGGACACACGGACAUUAUGAUUCAAUCAUUGUCAACACCGAAGCAGAACACUCGUGGCCUACUAGCGGUCUUCAAGGCACGUCACAACUUAUUUGUCCUUCCCCGAUGCUCGUUAUUAACCUCAUCUCUCAGGGCACACUGUCACCCAAAUAA